ACGCAGGAGCGGAUCCUCCGCUGCGUCCCAUCAUCAUGUGGAUCGUUUUGGCGUUUCUGCUCAGCUCCGUCUCCCCCGGGGACAGCUGGGGGUGUCAGCUCCCCCACGACUGGAGACCCCAGACGGAAGCGUGCCGCGCGGAGCUGGCGGAGAUCAUCGUUUUUGCCAAAGUGCUGGCUCUGCACAAGGAGGCGUACAGUGUUUACAACUACCUGCCGUGGCAGCACGACACCGACCUGCUCUUCUCCGCCGAGAUCGAGCUCCAGUGCGACCAGGCGUGGGGCAGCAUGCUGGAGGUCCCCGCCGGCUCCAGGUUCAACGUCAGCGGGCUGGGAUACCUGCCGUGCGUCUCCUACAGCGUCACCAGCAACAACAACUACUACUUCUUUCUCAGGAUGGAUGAAAACUACAACAUGAUUCCUCAUGGAGUGAACUUCCAGGACGCCAUUUUCCCUGAUACCCCAGAGAACCACCGCAUGUUUGCCAGCCUCUUCCAGUUCUCUAACUGUACCCCGGGAACCCAAGUCCACAGUUUUACCCCGGAGUGGGAGGCGCAAGAGGACAGCCGGCUGCUGUGCUCCACGGUGCAGAAGGCUCUGUUUGAGGAGGAAGAGAGGGUCAGGACUCUGUCCCAGAAAGUGCGAUCCUUGGAGAAGGCCAACGGGCAUCUGAGGGAGAAGGUGAAGACUCUGAAGCGUCUGCUGCGCCAGGCCCAGCGAGACACAACCAAGGAGCAACAGACUGUGAGCCUCAAGCAGCACUACGAGCCACAGGGCCCGCACAGCCACCCCGAUCAGGACACCACCCAGGAACAAAAGAAAACUCCUCUGAAGAGGGCCCUCUCCAACAAGAUGAAAACCUAAAGUUUUGUGGCUGAAAAAAAUGAUCUAAAUUCAACAAAAAGGAACGAAACAGUACAAUUUCAAAGUUUUCUAUAUUUAAAAAUGUUUUUCUCUUUGAGUGCUGGACACCAUUAUCAAAAACGUUUUACCCGCUUGACUCUAAAAUCCAAAGUUUUGACAGAUUCUCCAAUCAACUUUUAUUUUGAAAUAAUUUUUAAAUUAAUGCAAAUUACAUAAAAUGUCUUUAGCAAAACAACUGUACUAAACAACAACAAUUUUAACUUGAAAAGUUUAAAGCAUUUUUGAGGUGUCGAUGGAAAGCCUAAAAUAUCAUUUUUUUAAGAUUUAAAGUAAAAAAAAAAAAGUGGAGAGGAAGUAGGUGCUAUGGGACAUCUCUGACUGGAUGAUGAUAUCCAGCUUCGCUUCAUGUCAAAUAACUUUCAGUUGAAAUGAUGGACUGACGUCAUCAUCCAAUCAGUGAUGUCCCCUAGUACAUACUUUUUUGUUUGUGAAAAAGAAAGUAAUUUACAGAAAAAAAAUGAAAUGUUAAAAGUGAUACGUGAUACUGAAGAUCCACAUGAUUCAAAAGCUGCCUCCAUCAUCUCUGGUCCAAUCACCUGUCCAGCACCACACCAUAGAAGGAUCAACAGAAAUGGACACACAGAGAUCCACAAAAAACCCAGAGGUCCCACUCUGACACAGAAAUAAAGCACAGAAAUAAACAGAACAACAUAACGGUCACAGCCCUACAUGCUGACUGUGGGGUCGUUCUCUGUUCGGCACUUUACAUACCCCUGAUGUUGUUGUUCUUCCCCCCCUGGGGCCUGAAAAGGGGUGGUUAAAGGUGGCUGAUUCUAGGGGCCCAGACUGUGGCCCCUAUUGCUAAUUUGCCGCUGUGUUAGGGGCCAAAAAAAAAUAUUUUCAUGGUGCCCAAAAUCCCUAGUGGCUCACCCCUAUCAAGAACAACUUUGGAUUUGUGCGUGCAAAAUUCUUGAUUUGUAACUCAUACAACACAUUUUGAGCACAAGUACAAAAACGACAAAAUUCAAAAAAAUGCUAAAUAUAAUUUACACAUGCACAGAUGAAAAUUACAACAGCUGGAAACUAACUACACACAGUAGUAUUUAAAAAGUAUGCACAAAAGGCUUGUUACGCACACUUUUGUGUGUGAGUAACAAGCCUUUUGUGUGUAAUUUUUAAAGAUUGUUUAAGUUGUGCACAUGUAAAUUGCAUUUUUUUUAUUUCAUAAUUUUUGUACUUGUGCAUUGUAUGAGUUAAUCAAGAACUACACACAAACAAAUUGGGGGGACACUAUUUCCUGGCCAUAUUCAACGACUGGCAGGCACACAGCACAGCCUGGUUUAGACAGAAAAAUGGCUCUGUAAACCAGAAGGAUUUCUUCCAGAUCCUUUUCAUGCACAACUUGUUUAUAAGUUCAGUUUACACAGAGUUUUUAAUUUGUCCUUUUAAAUAUAUUUUUACAUUUAAAAAGUGACAAAGUUUUACUUAAAGCUUUCUAUAAUCAUGUGACUACAUGUUUCAUUUUCUUCGGUUAAAAAAUGUAUUAAAAUAUAAUUUUUAUGAUGUAUGCCUUUUUGGAUGUUUGAUUAUUCAUGAACUCAAGGUGCUGAGCAUCUUGUAAAGUUAUGCUAGAAAACUGGUAUCAGAGCUGUAGAUUACAUGUAUCAUCAGUAUCUUUUGUUUAUUCAUUUGUUGUCAUCUAUCACUGCCCGUCGCAUCAUCAGCUCUGUAAUAACUGCUGCACAUCGUCUUGAAUAAAGUCAUUUUUACACGAA